AAAAUUUAAAAAUAUUUUUAUAAAAAUCUAGAAAAAAUCUCAGUCAGACAGAAUUUCAACACCGUGUUCUCAUUGGCUGCUAGUGUACACGUGGGUUUACGUGUACGUGCGAAACACACACAUGCUCUCUGUUCGCGAACUUUUCUUGUGUGCCAGACUUCGAUCGAAUUUUAAUAUUUUCUUCGAUUCAACACCAUAAUUUUGGAAACUUAAACCGAUCUUAGCAUUGACUAAAGCUUGAAAUCAGUUAUUUAAGCUGAGUAAAAAUUGAAAUGGAUCCGUUGUGGAUUGGAGGAAUUUUACUCGCUAUAUUGAUUCUGGUUUUGGUUCUGGCCUACUUGUUGUUCUACAAAGAGCAAAGUUUCGAGGAUGCCAUAGCCAGUCAACAAGCAAGCAGCGCUAUUCUUAUCCAGAGCAAGAAUUCCAGUGGGAAAGCGAAUUUGAAACAACGUGUAAAGAAGCCGAAGAAAGAGCGACCGAAAAGCGAAGGGGAGAGCGAAAAGAUCAGCAAGCAAGAUGACGUUGUGCUCGAAGCGUCUGAAGAGAACGACCUUCCAGUCUUGCCAAAAUCUCUCGCGGACGAGGCUGCUAGCUUGUUUGAAUCGAUUCCUGGGAAGCCUACAGCUGCCGAGAGCUCUGAGGAAGAAAAGCCAGUUCAAAAGCCGAAGAAAAGAGCAAGGGAUAAAAGGAAAUCUGAUCACAACCGAGGUGUAGUUGAGACCCCGCUACCAAAAGAGCAAGAACCAGCGCCUGUAAAGGAAGAGAUUUUCGUCCAAGAAAGCUUCGUGAAAACCAAUGCAGAACAAACGCUUGAAGGCCUACCACCGAUGUUUGAUGAAGAACCAUUAUUUCCCAAAGAAGAGCCAGUUAUUCCAGCUGGAAGUUCGGGCAAAAAAGCAAAGAAGUCUAAAGGUCCAAAGGAGAAGCAAUCGAGCGCAGGUAUUUACGUUUAUAAUAACUUUAACCUCUUGCAAUAAAUUUGAAUUAUAUAUAUCCUUUCCCACAAUCAAGGUUUUUAGAUGGCCAAUAGACGAUGUUUAACUUUUUAAUUGUUUUUCAAUGAAUGUCUUAUUGGCCGGCGGCCCGGAUUCGAAUUUAUCUAUAACACUGAUUGUUUGCGAGAUUCUUAUGGGAAGAAAAAUGCCUAUAUUGUUCUAGUUGUGAUUUUAAGAGUACCGGGCAUUGAUUUCGUCCUGUACUUGAUACAAAAGCGGUCUUAAAUGUAAUUUGUGGAAAUAGUCUUGUAUUGUUUAAUGUUUAGUGCACAUUUUUCAAUGCAAAAUUGAUACAGCUGCUUAGCUUGGGGGCAGUGAAUACAAAGAAUCUGGUAAAACAAAAGGACAACACACCAUUUAUUUUUGUCAUGAAUUAUUAAGCCCCCGACGGUGUUUAUAUUGUCGGAGAUUCACUCCUGGGGCAUUCGGGGUUCAUAUUUCGGAAAAAUUAAGUUGUGAAUUGAGAGAAAUCGGUCUGAUUCUUUGUUUAGGAAAUCUACACAGUGUCUACAUUAAUGAAUUUUGUAAUUAGCUAAGAAUUUUCCUGAAUGCAUUCUAAUGGCUAAUUAAUGUCAUGUAACAUGAAAUUUGGUAUUUUUAAACCCGAGGUAUCUCAUCAUAUCUGUGCAGUGAUAGCAAUCUUAAUCCUUUUAGUGACCCAUUUAGGCUUGGGUGGUUUCGAUUAAAAUAAAAACCAGUUAACCGUCCGACUUAAAACCAGUUAGACCAUAAAACUGGUUUUUGCGAAAUUUUCUAAAGUAGUAUUUUUUUGGAAAUUCUAACUUAACCACUGUCUUGGUAUGAUUUCAUAAGACCUAAUUCUCAUAUCCGGAGGAAAUGCAUGAUAAUGCUACAAACAUGUGAACCAUUACGUGAUACAUAUUGGGUGACCAGCUGAUUUGCUUGCUUAUGUUUUUAAGAAGAUAAUACUUUGUCCACUCAGGUGAGGAUUCCAUACAGCAUUUCUUGCAAAAAUUAGUAUUUGCACUUUUCAUGAAAAGAAAAAAUGAUUUUUUGGUCAUUGGAAAUGAAAACCGGUUUUGGAAAGAAAACCAGAAAACCAAACCUACACCCAUUGCAGUUUGACUAACUUGUUGUGGGGGUUAGGGGGUGGGGGUUAGGGUGAAUAUUAGGGUGUUAUUACCAGGGUUCGAGAUUGGAAUUUUUUACUAGUAUCCAUUAUCGAUACCAGCAUUUCAAACUUGGUAUCCAAAUUAAAAAAACGGUAUCCAAAUAUAAGAAUAUAUGGUAGAAUCAUAUGAUAUCGAAUGUUCAAAACUUUGAAACACAUACACACAAAAGCCAUCAGGUAUUCUUUACUUUUACUAUCACUACAAAGAACAUUGAUAAAGUAAGUUACAAAGUAGAAUAGAUAUGCAUUAUUUCUGAAUAUAACCCUAUCCAUACAUAUAAACACAAUCAUGUGCUUCAAGAUCAAAACAGAGAAGAAUGCGGAAGUGGAAACGUAGCCUGAUAAUGAAAACACCUGCCAAUUUCAGGUGAAUUUGCGGGUGUUUCAGGCUCUCAGCAAUUAGCUACCAACCAGAAGUGAAAUUUGAAGCAAAGUAAAUUAUAUAUUCUAGCAUUCGCUGCUCGAAGUUUACGAGCGUUUCAAAUCUUAAUUGUAAAAUUAUGCAUAUAUUUGUGAUUCCCGAUCCAGUUAGGAUACCAAGGUUUUGACAUCUGGUAUCCAAAAUUGAAAACUGGUAGCGUCAAGGAUACUAGGAUAUCGCUAAUCUCGAACCCUGGUUAUUACAGUAAUGGUUAGGGUGCAUUUUAAGGUAUUAUUGAGAGAUUUGAAACUGGAUGCCAAGUUUAUUGACCUCACCCUCAACGAACGCCCGCGAGGUAAUCAAACUUGUUUCAUUAGAUCUAGUAUCUAUUUUGUAAUUAUGUGCAAGUUAUAAUUUUCUCUGCUAGGAAUAAGUUAUAAUGAUGAGCUGGAACUAUACUGUAUCCUGUUAUGCUCUGCUUUGUAGAAUAAUACAAAGUUACUGUAACUAAACAGCCUGUAGCCAGUUAUUUAGUAAACUGCUGGCAAUAUGGUCUCUAUAGUUGAAGUUGGAUUUUUAUAAAAUAAACCAAUCCCAAACCUAGGGUGAGGCGGUUUUUCGGUAAACCGGAAAAACCCAAAGAAAAGUUGGUAUUUUACUAAAAUCGAACCAUGCUUAUACGAGUUUGUUGCAAACGAAUCAAGUUUUGGCAUUUAUACACGAAAAACUAAAGAGAUUUUGUUUGAAAUUUGAUAACGUCUUCAAAGUACCUUACGUUUAAUAUCAUUCUACACUUUCUCGUGAGCUUGAAAUUUUGAACAGAUAAGCGAUAUCUUGAACUGAUAAGCGAGUUAAUAUAAUCGUUUUUGAAACUGAAGUCUUUCGUGAGUACUAAGCAGCGUGUUGUGUCUUUUUUUACCGUAGUUUUGAUUUUCGAACAUAUUUUUUUUAAAAAACUGGUUCACUCGGUUUUCGGUGUUUUCUAGAAACUGCCUCAUGCUGCCCAAACCCUUCCCUAACUGAUAAAUGGCUAAUUAACAAUUUGGGAGAAAAAAGUUCUAAGUUGGACAAAAUACACCCGCCAGUUGAGUGCCAGCCAGGGUCUUAGCUAGAGGGCCGUGUUAUCGUGGCCAAAAGUGGAAAAACACGGCUAGAUAAAAUGAACGUGGCGUCACUAUUUAUAUAAGGCCGUGUAUAGGUUCAUAAAAUAAGGUGGUGCUACUUACAACAGACAGAAUUUCUUCCUAUUUACGUCAAGAAAGUUUGUAGAAUCUACUGUUGUUGUUGAAUUGGCAAAAGUGAUCUGUGAUGUUUUAAUGUUUUGAUGUUUUAAUGUUUUGAUGGAUAAUGGGAACUGUAUGGUGUUAAAAUGGUUUUAAAUACCCCCAAUAGUUGUUGAAAUAACUUAAUUGUCAGUGCACAAUAUGAGCGUAUGCUCGCCUUGUAUUUGGUUGCAAAGCAUAGAAAAACCACAGGCAUUGUUGUUGGCGAGCAUAACUAGGGCCAUGAUUUUGCUAUUCAAAGUAAUUGACAUGUGCACGCCCUGGUCAUUAGAAGCAUGCCCAAGAUCUAAAAUCCUGGCUAAGACCCUGGUGCCAGCAUUUUCCCCUUGACAAGUAAUAUCAUCUGGUAUGAAACAGGGUAACAUAACAUGAAUUGAAUUUCCAAUGUACAUUAUUCAGCUCACUCCCCAUCGGGGCUUUUCAUUGACCGAUUACAGAUCAAGUAUUUUGCUUACGAUUACUUGCCUAGACUAUUUAUCUUUACAACAAUUGUGAUAGUACUUUCCUAACUAUGUCUGUCCUAACACUUCUUGAUAAUUUUCCCUGUGGGAGGAAACUGCAGCGCCCGAAGAAAACCCACAAUAAAUUGAGUCUUUUUACAACAAUCUCAGUGAUGAAAGACACUUGCUCCGAUAAUUUUAAUACAAGCCAUACUAUGAAAGCCGAGCAAAAUGGGUCAACCAAAGUAGGGUGCAAAAUGCCAGGCUAUGUGCCUUGUUACCUUGUUAAGCCAUAUUGUGCCCGUCAACCAAAGUAGGGUGCAAAAUGCCAGGCUAUGUGCCUUGUUACCUUGUUAAGCCAUAUUGUGCCCUAUACUAAUAUAAUUGGACCUUACUUCAUAUGUGUCCCAUUUCAAACAAAGCCACAAACAUUGGGCAUUAAUGUGUUGAACCAUGUUGUUUGAAAAUACAUUUUCUACACAUUUUGUAAGCAAGCAGGAUACUUUUCUUUUCAGAACAUUUAGACCUCAAGUCGCUUAUCGAAGCAUUGGAAACUGCCAACCUAAACCACAAUGAGAUUCAAAAACUAGUUGAUGUCCUACUUGAUAAACAGAAGUCUGCCGAUCAGUGGAAGAAAGUAAGUUUAUUAUUAA